AUGUCUUCAAGUCUUGACAAAGCUUUAAUGGAUAUGACUCUGGAAGAAGAAGAUGAUGAACCGUACAACCUUCCGGAUCUACCUGAGUUUCGGUCAACAAAGCUGGAGAGAUGGGUCGAGAAUCAACCACCGACUUAUCUACAAUACCUCACGCUCUGGGUCCAGAUGCGCAAUGUACCCGUCAACCACUACACAAUGAAAGCUCUAAUGGCGCUGGGAGAGUUUGCAGGUCAGGUGAUUGUGGUAGCUUUUGACCUAGACAAACCGCAGAUUAAUGAUUAUGUCAGAGUCCAGGAUUCAGAAGCGUUGUUAUCCCUGCAAAGGCUAACGCACGAGCGUGAAGUGUGUCCUAUCCUGAGAAUGCAGAACGCGAAGAAGGCAGAGGCGGCUGUAGUGUCGACAGGGGAUAUGAAAAGGGCUGAGAAAAAGAUUCUUGAGGAUGACCCGCUAUUUGGAGUGGUAGCAGAGUCACAAGUGGGAACUUUGCUAGGUACUAGUAGAGAGAAAAUUGCCCCCGAAAUUCUUGAAGGGAUGAGGCAGUAUCUUACAGUGGUAGAGGGUCCUGAGAAGGUAGCUCGCAAGGAAAGAAUCAAGAGAUCUUUGAUGGAUUUGGAGAAUGAUCCACUGGGCCAGAAGACGUUUCUGAGACUAGAACCAGCUCAUAUCGUCACUACCAAGCUGGAUAAACAAAAAGGUUUUACGGGUUAUGGGCUUUGUGUCUCUGACAUAAGCUCUUCCGGGACCAAAAUGAAAAGCUCCACACCGAGGAAGAGACCUGGAACUUACAAGAGAAAGGUGCAAGCAAAGAACAAAAAGAAUGCUUCCAAAGUGGAAGGGAAGCAAGUGAUGGAGGAAAAAGCUGGUGAUGGAAAGAGGAAGGCAAAGGAUGAUGUGGAGACAUCUCAACAUUCUGCUUGGUUAAAGAAACCAGAGGUGGUCCCAAGUGAGGGACCGUCCAAUAUUUAA